CAGCCCCACCCUGCCACCCUUCUCCGGGGUGUCCGACUGUCACAUCACCUCACACUCAGUCCAUAGAGACUGAUGGGACGUGGGACGGAGACGGGUCCCGUCCACCCACCCUCCAAUCCCGCUCGUUGGAUGGUCCCCUCCCCACCUGUCCCCCUAUUGUUACUCCUCUGGGACGGGGGUGGGGAUCAGUCAUUCGGGAGGAGUCUCCGGGGGGGGCACUCGGGAGGCUGGUCUGCUGGAAGGGGUCGAUUUCUGCCCGCCUGGAUCUAUUGGCAGACAGCACCGCAAUCCGGCACGAUGGCUUCCUUCCUCCAGCGUUGCCCCUUCCUGACCCGGGACCCCAGCGUCUUCUUGCUCAAAGCUCGCCCGCUGCUGAUAAGCAGCGCCCAGCGAUGUCCUGUCAUGGUAGCCCGGACCCUCAUGGGCUCCUCCCCAGACCUGCAGAGGGGGACAGACAACCCCAUCCCACUUGCAGUAGGAUCUGUCCCCCAGGAGUCGGGGCCCCCAGAAGCAGCCUCCACCUCUUCCCAGACCCACUGCCCCUUCAUGGAGUCGGAGGUGUGGGGUGGACGGAGCCGGAUCGUUCAGCGCGCCGGGCCAGAGGUGCAGGAGGAUGUGAAGGUCUACAGGGCAGACCCCCUCAGCUCUCUGCUCCUCGAGGUCCAGUCCAGCCUCCGGAAGAAAUUCCUGGGCCGUGAUGGGCUGGGGCCCGAUGCCCGGCUCCUCCCCACCCACCUGCUCCAGGACAACAUGCCAGCCCGCCCCCCAGGCUGUGAGAUCUUCUCGGACGCGGGGAAUCAUGCCUCCAUGAUCCAGGGCAUCCGCAACAGCGGGGUCCCCAAACACGUCUUCCGGCACAACGACCCCCAGCACCUGGCCCAGCUGCUGGGGCGCAGCCCCCCCGGCGUCCCCAAGAUCGUGGCCUUUGAGACCGUGCACUCCAUGGACGGUGGGAUCUGCCCCCUGGAGGAACUGUGUGACGUGGCCCACGCGCACGGCGCCCUCACCUUCGUGGACGAGGUUCACGCCGUGGGGCUGUAUGGCGCCCGUGGGGCCGGCAUCGGGGAGCGUGACGGGGUGCUGGGCAAGGUCGACAUCGUCUCCGGCACCCUGGGGAAGGCCUUCGGCUUGGGGGGGUACAUCGCCAGCACAGCGGCGCUGGUGGACACGGUUCGCUCCUACGCGGCCGGCUUCAUCUUCACCACCUCGCUGCCCCCGCCGGUGCUGGCCGGCGCCCUGGCCUCCCUGCGGGUGCUGGCCGGGCCCGAGGGCCGGGGGCUGCGCCGGGCCCACCAGCGCAACGUCAAGCACAUGCGGCAGCUGCUGAUGGACGCCGGGCUGCCCGUCGUCAGCUGCCCCAGCCACAUCAUCCCCAUCCGGGUGGGCGACGCGGCCCUGAACUCCCGGCUCUGCGACCUUCUCCUGUCUCAGCACAACAUCUACGUCCAGGCCAUCAACUACCCCACGGUGCCCCGGGGCGAGGAGCUGCUGCGCCUGGCGCCCUCCCCCCACCACACGCCCCCCAUGAUGGACUACUUUGUGGGUGAGGGCAGCGGGCUGUGGGGGGACGUGGGGCUCCCCCUGCAGCCCCCCGCGUCCUCCGCCUGCCACUUCUGCCAGCGGCCCCUGCACUUCGCCCUGAUGAGCGAGUGGGAGAGAGAUUCCUUCGGCAGCCUGGGGGCCCAGUGUCUCACCAGCAGCGCCUGAGCCCGGGACGGACCCCCCCGGCGUGGGACGGAUGGACAGACCCCCCCCCGGCGCCACCUGAAAAGGGCUCUAAAUAAAACCCGUUCAGCUUG